GUCAAGGCAAGGAUUUAGAAUCGGGAAGAAAUGAAUCAAUGGACUUGACAAUUGGGAAUAAGCAGCUAACUCAGGGCUGUAGCUAGAGGCAGCCCCUAAGCUGCCUAAAGUAACCAAAUUUUUGCCGAUUUCUGAGCUGUAUAUAUUAAAGAGGUGCUGCACCCCCUUCUCCAUGACCAAAAAGCCAGCAGUGGGCCUGCUAUUUUGGCUGGUUAACAGCGCUUCAUGUAACUCAAGUAGUUCUUUUUUUCUGUGAAAGAUGUCACUACUUGUAAUCUGAUCAUUUGCUGUUGGCAAUGUGAACAUUCAUUGUCCAAACAGCUGUUUAAACCUGCAUAAAAUCCAGGCAGAUGUUGAUUCUGUUAACUGUGCACUCUUACACUGUUGUGUACAGACCAACUGCAGCCAUGUGUGUAUGAUGGACAUUUUUGAAACUGCUGCUAACAUAGUCUGCCAUAUGGAGAGUCAUAUGAGGACCUGUCAAUCAAUCACAAUAUCAAUCAAGACAAAUAAUGGAAAUGGAUCAUAAAGUGUACGAUGAAUACAAAACUGAAUACAGGAAUGUGACUGGAUCAUACGAUGUAGCGUACCGGACUGUACAACUUCUUCGGCGGUUGGUGGCUCAAACAAAAUGGGCAAACGCCGGGGAGCUGAUGUUGAUCAUCCAGCGAGAGGGAAAGAAAAUGAUUGAAGCUCAGCCUUCAGAGACUGCUGCGGGAAAUAUGGUGCGAAGAGUGUUAAAGAUUAUACGAGAAGAAUAUGCUGGAUUAAGAGGGAAAAAUGAAGAGGGUGAUCCUCAGGAAUCACUUCAUAAACUUCUCACAGCAGAAGGCCAUGCUGAUGACUUCAGCAUACCUCAAAUACAGCUCAAGCCUGCAGUUAUUGAGGCGAUAGGAGAGUUUAUGACCGAACUAGAAACCAGUGCUGACAACAUAGCUGUCCAAGCCAUCGAACAUAUUCAUUCGAAUGAAGUCAUUAUGACGGCAGGAAAAUCAAAAACAGUUGAAGCAUUUCUAAAGAGUGCUGCCAGAAAACGGAAGUUCCAGGUGAUAGUUGUAGAGUGUGCACCCUUCUUCCACGGACAUGAGUUAGCCAAAAGUUUAGCCGAGGCGAAGAUAGAAACCACAGUCAUCACCGACUCUGCUGUAUUUGCCAUCAUGUCUCGAGUCAAUAAGGUCAUCAUCGGGACGCAUACCGUCAUGGCCAAUGGAGGGUUAAAAGCCAUCAAUGGAUGUGAUGCUAUUGCAUUAGCAGCCAAAUACCAUUCUGUUCCUUUGAUUGUUUGUGCCGCUAUGUUCAAGUUAUCUCCUCAGUACCUUUGUUCGUAUGAUCAGGAUGCAUUCAAUAAGUUUGUCAGCCCACAAGACGUCCUGAAGUUUUCAGAAGGAGAGAUUGUCUCGAAGGCGCAGAUUCAGAACCCAGUGUUUGAUUAUGUCCCACCGGAACUUGUGACUUUAUACAUUUCAAAUAUCGGAGGCAACGCACCAUCAUACGUUUAUCGGUUACUUAGUGAACUGUAUCAUCCUGAUGAUCAUGACUUAUAGGAGUUGAAAGAUGGAGGUGGAAGGCUAUCCUAGGUUAGAGGCCCUCUUCGCUCCGACCUCCCUACUCGAUAUGUGAGAGAGGAAGGAGUGUCUUGAAAAGGCUGAUGUAUUAGGAUGGUAGAUGAGUAAACAGAUCUGGCUACUUGCACUUUCACACUCAAUCUCAAUCAUGGGUACUGUCAGGAAAGUUUGGACUGAAAGCUAAGGACCAUCUAAGUUUACUUGACAACAUGUAAGGCUAAACAUGUUUAGUUGAGGGAGAUGUGUUCAGGGAUUUGGGGACAUUGUUUCUUUGGUAUCACAUGAUAGAUUUCUGUAAGGAGUCGGGGAGUAUCGAGUAUUGUAAAUAGAGCUGUCAAUGUGAUGAUAUUAAAACAUUAUGUUGA